UGCCUCCACUCAACACAUCAUUUUGCCUGUUUCUUAAAAGGCAGCCCUAGAACUACAGGUGCAGUAGCACGCUUGAGCCCUCACAGCACAAAACUCCUGCUGUGUCAGGGAAAAUGCCAAGUCAAAAAAGCAGUCUCAGCUCAGACACGGACCAAACCCUUCCUUCUCAUAACGGGGCUCUAGGGGGGAAGGGAAGUGCUGGGUUUUCGCAACCCAGGCCCAAGGCGGAAGGAGCGUCAACGCGAAGAGCCUUGCGGAGCGGGGAGCGCAACGGAGACCUCGCCAGGCACGCCGCCGGAGCGGAGCAGGCCGAACCAGGCCAGGCUGCUGCCCCCCUCCCGCACGAGGCAGCCGGCUGCAGCCCCAACUGCCGUCACGCACCGCCCUCUCCUCAGCGCAGCGCAUGCGUCCCGGCCCACCGCCCUGCCCCGCGCGGGCGCGCGUCCCCCUCCUCGCGGCCGGCCGGCACUCCGCCGGACUCCCGGCUCUCCGCGGCGGCAGCGCAGGAAGAUGAACAGGACUUAACUGCAUUUUAUGACUUGACUCCUGAUGGGCUGGAUUUUGUCUUGGCAGGAGUUUCUGAAGAUUCAUGCAGUGAAAGAAGAAACAGCCAAUGGCUUCAGAAUCCAUGGUUCCAGAGCAGACAAAACAACAUCUGAUAAAGGGAAAAAGGCAGCAGCAGCAAACUAGGUCUUCCAACAGUGAUGGUGAAGAUGACAUCUUUGUAUUUGAAGCAAAUGAGGCUUGGAAGGAUUUUCACAGCUCUCUUCUUCACUUCUUUGAAGCUGGAGAGCUCUGCGAUGUUACACUGAAGGUUGGUUCAAAGCUUAUCUCCUGCCACAAACUGGUGCUAGCUUGUGUCAUACCUUACUUCAGAGCCAUGUUUCUUUCAGAAAUGGCUGAAGCCAAGCAGACGUUGAUUGAGAUCAGGGACUUUGAUGGCGACGCAAUAGAAGACCUAGUGAAGUUUGUGUACUCCUCCCGGCUUACUCUGACGGUAGAUAACGUCCAGCCUCUCUUGUACGCUGCUUGCAUUCUUCAGGUGGAACUGGUCGCAAAGGCAUGCUGUGAAUACAUGAAGCUGCACUUCCAUCCCUCCAACUGCCUGGCAGUCAGGGCUUUUGCAGAGAGUCACAAUCGCAUUGACUUGAUGGACAUGGCCGAUCAGUAUGCUUGUGAACAUUUUACAGAAGUGGUGGAGUGCGAAGACUUUGUGAGUGUCUCACCACAGCACCUCCAUAAACUUCUGUCCUCCAGUGACCUGCAUAUUGAAAAUGAAAAGCAAGUUUACAAUGCUGCUAUCAAGUGGCUGCUAGCCAAUCCACAGCAUCAUGCUAUGUGGCUGGAUGAAAUACUUGCGCAGGUACGGCUGCCUCUCUUGCCCAUUUGUUUCCUUAUGGGUGUUGUGGCAAAGGAAGAGAUUGUCAAGCAGAAUCUAAAAUGUAGGGAUUUGCUGGAUGAAGCAAGAAACUACCACCUUCACCUGAGCAGCAGGGCAGUGCCAGACUUUGAGUACUCCAUUCGCACAACACCAAGGAAGCAGACUGCUGGUGUGCUGUUCUGUGUCGGUGGUAGAGGUGGAUCAGGUGACCCAUUUCGCAGCAUUGAAUGUUACUCUAUCAGUAAGAACAACUGGUUCUUUGGCCCUGAAAUGAACAGCAGGAGAAGGCACGUGGGUGUGAUCUCUGUGGGAGGUAAAGUCUACGCAGUAGGUGGACAUGAUGGAAAUGAACACUUAGGAAGUAUGGAAGUAUUUGAUCCUCUCACAAACAAAUGGAUGAUGAAGGCAUCAAUGAACACAAAGAGGAGAGGAAUCGCUCUUGCCUCCCUUGGUGGCCCCAUUUAUGCAAUAGGAGGUUUAGAUGACAACACUUGCUUCAGUGAUGUGGAAAGAUACGACAUUGAUUCCGAUCGAUGGAGUGCAGUCGCCCCAAUGAACACUCCCAGGGGAGGAGUUGGCUCCGUAGCACUUGUGAACCACGUUUAUGCUGUGGGUGGCAAUGACGGUGUAGCAUCUCUUUCCAGUGUGGAGAAAUAUGAUCCCCAUUUGGAUAAGUGGAUAGAAGUGAAAGAGAUGGGUCAGCGAAGAGCUGGCAACGGUGUCAGUGAGCUCCAUGGCUGCUUGUACGUUGUCGGUGGCUUUGAUGACAACUCUCCACUGAGCUCGGUGGAGCGGUUUGAUCCACGCAGUAACAAAUGGGAGUAUGUAGCAGAGCUUACAACUCCGAGGGGUGGCGUUGGCAUAGCAACACUGAUGGGUAAAAUUUUUGCAGUUGGAGGUCAUAAUGGCAACGCGUACCUGAAUACAGUGGAAGCAUUUGAUCCCAUAGUGAAUAGGUGGGAACUUGUCGGCUCUGUGUCGCACUGCAGGGCAGGGGCAGGCGUGGCUGUGUGCUCUUGUCUCAGCAGCCAGAUCCGGGACGUGGGCCAAGGAUCCAGCAAUGUUGUUGACUGCAUGUGAGCUCUGCUGACUCCUCCAAAUUCCAGAGGAAUCAUAGUAGGGAGGCACUGCAGAACUUUUUAAACACCAUGUUUUGUAUGGUAGGUUAAGAAAUAAAACCAAUACGUUUUCUUUGUGAAAAUGUUACCUUCUGCAACUGUAAAGUUUUUGAUGGGUUUCUAUCAGUAGUGAUACAGAAAAGCCUGUGAAAACAUGAAAUAAAAGUGUGACUCACAGGAGAAAACCUGCCAAGAGCUGCAAUCGUCCCAUUUUUGAGAAGUUGUAAUUUCAGAAUAAUUUGAGGCAGCUGUUGCAGGGACUCAUUACUGAACUGUAAAUCAGGCAUGGGGUGAGGAGAGAGAGCAGCAGUUAGUACUGCUGAGCCUUAACCUGACAGCCCUGCUACCUGUUUUUCUGGAGGACUCGAGUGCCAUUUAAUAUAACUUAUUUUCAGAAAUGUAGUCUUAAACAUUUCCUAAUUGUACAAGAGCUUUGUAACACAAAGCAUCUCAAGUUUUAGAAGGUAACGACAUCCCUGUUGCACGCUAAGAUAACUGGAGCAGAGAAGUUCACUGCCCACCUCCCAGGGAACUGCUGGCAGCAGUGGAAAGUGCAGGUACUCAGUCUGAAACCUGUCUUUCAAAGUACUUUCUUAAGCCAAUACACUUGUUAGAAAGCUGAAAAGAUUCUUGACCUGAGUUUAGCCACCGGUAUACUGGAAUUCUCAAGUCUUCAGUAAAAUUUGUAGUUAACUACCACCCGCAAAAGGCCAGUUUAUGUUGAGAGGUCAUUCCUUAAGUAACCAGUGUAAUUUGUCCUACUUUGAGAUGAUAGUGUGUGAAAAUGUAGGCUUCAGUGGUGUCUGAAUCAUCAUUUUUAUAUGAAAUGGAAACACACAAUAAACGUUGCAGUAUUCUGUAAAGACCUUUAAAUGCAACUCUAGGAGAUGACAUGUCCAAUUUCAGUUCCCAGUAGCAACUCUGAUAAUUCUAGAGGUACUGGCUCUUUUAAGAUAAUUAAGCCAGGGAGAUCUAGCCUCAAAACAGGUAGAUGACUUAAAGCUUACAUAAACCAAAGAGACUCAGUAACAGAAAGAACUGGAAAUAAACCAGUACUUACAUCAAAAACUGAAAUAGGAACUUGACAGUGCUGCGUACAAAGGCGUCUUGUUACGCAGUCAGAAACUCUGAAAUUCCAAGUGAAGUCCAGCUGGAAAGACUGCAGAUUCCUCUUCCUGCAUCACCGUGAACAGACCAACAACUGACAAUCCUUUGUGACCAAAGUUUCAUGUUACCAGGUUGUUCCAAGUGACCAGGGAGAGCAGCAAACUUCUCUGCAUUCAGUGCCAGGGAAGAGGCAGGACAGUACAAGCCUAAGGCACAGUCAUGUUUUGCUGCUGAGUUAACCAUCAUUCAGCUUUUCUGUUUCCAAUGGUUUGCACUUUGGUAGCACCCAGGGACAAAGUGAACGGUACUGUAAAUAAUGAAACAUUGCAAUAAAAUAUUUGUACUUU